AUGGCGUCCAACGCAGCCGUGACACCCAGCCAGGGGCGUCCGCUCGCCGGCUUCGCCAAACUCUCGCCCUGCGUCCUCCACUACCGGCCCGAAUCUAACGCCGCGUCCGCCCCGGCGGCCUCGGGGUCCUCUCCGACGCCGACGCCGACGCCGCCCAAGCUCAUCGUCUUCUGCGGCUGGAUGGGCGCCCGCGACGCGCACCUCGCAAAGUACAUUGCCCAGCACCAGGCGCUCUACCCUUCGGCGCAGAUCCUCCUCAUCCGGUGCACGAUGGCGCACAUGCUCUUCCCCAGCACCGCCCUGUCGCAGAUCAAGCCGGCCGCGACGGCGGUGCGCGCAGCCCUGUCCGACGGCGGUAGCAGUAGCAGAAGCCAGCAGAAGCAGGAGAUGCUCGUCCACAGCUUCUCCAACGGCGGCUCCGCCAUGCUCUGGCACCUGUACAAGGUCUACGGCGAGGCCCUGCCGCCGCACUCGACCAUCUUGGACUCGGCGCCGGGCCAGUUCGAGUACCGGAGCACCAUCACGGCGCUCACGGCGGGCCAGCCCUGGCUCGCGCUGCCCCUCGCGCACCUCUUCGCCACGGCGCACUGGUUCGCGCUCAGGGUCCUGCGGCGGGCCGACCCCUUGGCCAGGCCCGCCAGGGCGCACAACGACAGGGCCGGCGGCAACGCGAACGAGGUGCGGCGCGCCUACGUCUUCAGUAAAGAGGACAAGCUGGUGUCGUGGCGGCAUGUCGAGGAGAACGCGCGGGAGGCGCGGGCGGCCGGGUUCACCGUCCGACUCGAGGAGUUUCUGGGCACGCCGCACGUCGCGCACGCGAGGGCGGACCCUGAGAGGUACUGGCGCAUCGUGAGGGAGACGUGGGAGGGCGAGCUGGCGAAUUAA